AUGCCCAUUACGCUCAACAAAUCUACCAGUAUUGUACCCAUUGACGAGCGUACCAUAUAUCUAAAGGACAUCAAGUUCACGUUGUCUUCGCCUCCUCGCAAACGACGUGAUCAACGUACGCGAGCCAGCUCAAUCUCCAAACAGUCCGACCGUUGCGUACCCAACUCACCCAGCUGCUCAAGAUCCACCCGCCGCCGAGCAUCUGUUAGCUCCCGACCAUCGCUCUCGCCGUUUCUGUCCUUGGUCGAUAAUCGAGGGACUGCUUACGGAAUAAACACAGGAGUCCAGCUGUCACCCGCCGUUCUCGGCAAGUCUCGCCCCCGGUCCUCAUCAGGUCCGAUUCCCUGUACGGCUCUGUCAUUUGAAACCGACUUUGCACCCUCACCUGGGACACCUGUGACGGUGAACUUCUCUUCAUCCUUCAGCCGUUCUCCCUCUACUUCUCCCUCUUUCGGGAUCGCUUCGCCGAUUCACGUCCUUUUUCAACGGUCCUGUGCGCUGGCUACACUUAAGGGCAAUUCUUCGGCUACAUCCACAGCUAUAACCCAGCCCAAAGCCAGGUCCAAAAUUCGCCCAACUCCCAUCAUGACAAGCGGUAAAAACGGCCACGUGAACGUUUUACUUCUCCCCAAGUCACGAGACAAGGAUGGUAACGCCUCGAUUCGAUCCGGGACCAGUGCGUCCACAAAUGCGAGCAAGUCCAAGUCCCGCAAACCUCUUGAUCUUUCUUCUUCAAGCAAAGGUUCCAAGACGCCAAAUGCCAGUCUCAGAGCGCAACGUUCCCUGACUCCAGCUCGUGGGGUUGCGCAUGAUACCUUUAGACCACUUCCAUAUGCGACUCAUGCCGCAUUGGACGAGUUUUUCGGAGACCCACGUAAAAUGAAUGCGUUGCAUGCGCAUCAAUCAUCGCCGGAUCAACUUGGCGCGCGCCCUGACGAAAUUGGCUAUGGCGGCAGUAUCAGCCAUCGUGGCGCUGACGGUUGGAUUUGGUUUGACGCGAUGGAAGAGCAGGAAUAUGCGUGGCUCAUGGGCGAGGCCGAAAACCCCCGUACACCCGAGACCGCACGGCAAACUCCCAAGGAGAAAAAACCCAAGAAACGCGGUUUAUUUGGUCGCCGUGGCAGUGUUGCGAGUGUAUCAUCCGGUGGACGCAGCGAUUGGGAGUCAUUCGAUGCGCUGCGCAGGGGAAGUGAGAGUGGGACUAGUGAAACAGGGAUAAUCGACCCUACCACAUACGAUCUCGACCCUACCCGCCCUCCGCGGUAUCGCAUUCCUGUGGUCGGCGCUCCUGCGACGUACAGGGCUGCGGCGCUCGAUGUCGGUGCCUGGGAUGCUGCCCUUCACUCGCACAUACGUCAGAACGCCGGCAGCGCAUCAACGGCCAAGAGUCGCAGAGGCCGAUCAAGGCGUGGGAGUUCAAGCAAGAGAGACAGCGAGGAACGACGGCGCCCACCUCCGCUUAACCUCACCGCAGUGACCAACGCCUUGGCCGCUCUCGGUCCUUUGGCUAUGCCGAAUAACCAACCCGCUCCACUUUCGUCUCGCCGCGCCUCUCUUCCUGCCAACUGUCUCCUGCCACCUUCUCUAUCCGAUGCAGCCCGCGCAGAUUUCGUUUCCUCUUCCUACCAACCUCAUCCAUCUAAGCGUGAUCUGAACUUGGAUCCAGAGACCCCCUGGUCCGCCAAUCUUCCCAAAGAAACCAUCUAUCGUUCCAUAGGAUCUGGGCUUGGUACACCGGGCGUUACACCUGCAUCCCCAUUCAAGGCUAUGUUUUCCCGGCGCGCUUCCCUCACUCCUUUGCCCCUCCGACACGCUCCCGCUCCACUUCCCAAGUCCGGUCAUGGAUACGAGGUCAAAGGAGUCGGCCACAAUGGAACACUACCCAAACUCCCGCCAAUGCCGUCGGAGAGCGGAGCUCCGGCAGCGCCGGAAGGGAGAAGAAAAACAAGUUUGGCUGAUAUCUUUCGACGAGGCUUUAGCACCAAGGGGAGUCGCAAGUAG